AUGCAAAGAUUAAGUGGAGCCCUUGUCUUCGGCGACGGCGACGUGGCCGACGACUACCUGCCGUCCGAGGACCACGUGGACGCCACCACCACCGAGGCCUACAUGGGCGAGUGGAAGAGCGACAAGCGCAACGGCUUCGGCGUCAGCGAGCGCUCGAACGGCAUGAAGUACGAGGGCGAGUGGACGAACAACAAGCGCCACGGCUACGGGUGCACGAUAUUCCCCGACGGCACCAAGGAGGAAGGGAAGUACAAAAAUAACGUUCUGGUGCGGGGCAUCAAGAAGCAGCUCAUUCCGCUCAAGAACACCAAGACGAGGCAGAAGGUCGACCGCGCCGUGGAGGGAGCCAUCCGGGCAGCUGCCAUCGCCAGGACUAAAGUGGAAAUAGCCACCUCAAGGACGUCCCAUGCCAGGGCCAAGGCAGAGACUGCUGACCAGUCUGCACUGCAGGCCAGCCAGGACUCGGACAUCGCCCGGGCAGUGGCUCGCGAGCUCUCCCCCAACUUCCAUCAGCCAGGCCCCGACUACAUCAAACAGAGGUUUAAUGAGCCAGUGGAGAUUAAGGAGGCCCCAGAGGAGAAGAAGGAGAAGUCCCCGUCGGGAAGCCCCCACUUCUACCGCAAAGGAACGACCCCCACCCACACCCCAACUCACAGCCCGGGGCCCACGCCUCCCCCCUCCCCGCCGCCCCCCACCAAAAAGAAGUCCUUUUUCAGUCGAAAACAAGACAAUAAGACGCCGGAGGCCGUCGUCACGGGCAUCACGAAGGCCGCCUCCAAGAUAUCAGUAAAGCAGGAAACAGCGCCGGAGGUGGCGGCGCCGCAGCCAGCCAAGCCUGCCAAGUUAGCGCUGCCGGUCGCCAACGCCCACAGUAGUCCCGGCAACGGCGAGCUGCACACGGAGUACCACGGCUACAAGGUCAAGGCCGAAGUGAUGAUCCCACCGGACCCCCCGGAGAUGGAGAUGGAGCUGGAUAUGGUGGAGCCCCCCACACCACCCCCCGUGAGGCAAUACAGAGCACCCACCCCCAAGCCCACGGCCCUCAGAGAGAGCAAGUCGGAGCCAAAACUCAAGAAGCAGGAGUCGUUGAAGCCAAAGAGCCUAUCCGAAACCAAGAAAGCCAGCCUGGAGAUUGCCACCGACAGUGUCGAGCAAGACUCGGGCCCUAAUUCAGUUCUGGUUAUCCUUGUGAUGCUUAUAAAUGUUGGUUUAGCUAUUAUUUUCGUCCAUUUCCUAACCUGACAGAAGAUCAAACAGAGGGUUGUACUGACUGCCGCAGUGUGUGGAAAAAGAUGGGGAUCACCCGAGGAGUUUCCUAGAGGGAGAAAUGGCAACAAGAAUGUUUUUUUCUUCUUUUAUUGUUUUUCAAAUGAACUCUUUUUUCAAGGUGAAGGCUUUUAUUUUUAAUGUGGGAAUUUUGUGGGUGCAAGACCCUUUUGUGGCUAUGUACAUGGCUAUUUUUUUAAGCGUACCCCACUGGCCUUCUCCAAAGGAAUAUAGUUAUUGAAAGGUAAAAUCCCCUUUUUGGUAAUAUUUAUGUGCCAAUAAACAAACGUAUGUCAUGUUUCUAGUCAUUUUUACACACAAUAAAUGAACUUGUUUGGGUAUUUUUCUAAAAAGAAGGAACUCUGAUUGUAUGCCAUAAGAAAAGUUGUUAGAAAAUGUAAUGCAUAUUAUACUUUUUACAGUCAAAUUAAUGUGUGCUGAUGCAGUCAAAACUUGUGAUUGUACUGUUUCAAUAAUUGACAAAACAAUGAGAAUGUGUUGAUAACUUUUUUGAUACACACGACCCCUCAAGCCUUGAUUAAUACUCUUGUGUCUGUAUUUUUCGGAAUAUUGUUUUCUGUUAAAUUAUGAUUAAAAAUGUGAUUUUAUGACAUGAA